GUCCGGUGGUGGUCGCCGAGGAGGGGCUGGGUCAUGCUUAUAUCGGCCGGUGCCUGACUGCCUGUGGCCUCCAUGCCCGCUUAUGCCCUCGCUCAGGAGUUACGGUUGUGAUGGAAAACCUGCUGGAGGAAACGUCUCGUGCGUUGAACAAAGCUGUCCUAAGGGAAGGAUCUGGCCGAACGAUGCUCCCUCCGGUCUUAAGAUCUAUGAGUCAGCCCUACUGUAACGUAGCUUUAAACAGUAAAUAACUGUGCUUUCUCAUCGAGCAAAUAGUAAUCUCUUUUGUCCAUCUUCUGUGUGUAGACCAUGAAACCUUCCCCCACCACAGAAUGUCCGAGAUGGUAGCUAGGAGCGUUCUGGAGUCUGUUGUCAGUGCAGAUUAGAUCGUCGUACAGUUAAAGGCCAGUAUUUUUAAAAAAUAGGCACAACUUGAAGACAGCAUCCAAAUAGAGAGUGUGUCCUUGCAGGAUCUCUGUAUCUUCAAAAGCCGUAGAGUAUUAGCUUUAAGGCUGAUCACCCAGCACUUGUAUAACUCCAGUUAACUAGGAUUUAGCCAAAGCUUUUUCUGAUUUUUUGGAACCAGUUAGAAGUUACUGAUGGUUCCAGAAUCCCUCCCAAAGGUAUACCUUCUGUAGAAACCAAAAUAUGCAAAGGUCUGUAGUGAAGGCGGCGUCGUCCAGAAAAUAUCAUAGCAACAAUAGCAGUCCGAUUCUGUGUACAGUCUUCCGAUGGGAAUGUUAAGCUGUAUCUACUCAUUAGGAUACUUUCCAAUGAUGAUGACUGUAUUAUCUAUCAAGUUUACUUGCUAAUAGGAACCUUCAUUGAUUUAAUUCCCAUGAGAGUAGGUGGUUCCUAGUGGAUUUCACACAAGAACAAAGCAAAACAGUUUUUGUAGUUUUUUUUCCCCAUGUAAUAUGUUUAAGCUGUGUCUUGUCUGUGUAAUUCUGCACUGGAUCAUGACAGAUGUAGAAAAGAUACAUUGCACUCAAAUCCAGCAAAUGCAAAGCAGUCUCCUGCUAUAGGACAAUGCUGGCAAGUAAAUGGAAUACGCUGUUUGGAAAAUUUGGGGUCAUGUGGCUUGUGGUUUUCUGUUUAUCUGAAAGUGUGAAUGUAAAUUUGGAUUGUUACUGUAUUUGCAUAACCUGGGGAUGCGGUAAUCCUUACUCCAGUAGAGAGUCCCUAUUUUCUUGCAGGUUUUGUUGUUUGGGAAGGAGUUCAUGCUGAAGUGAAAAGGCUAAUCUAGAAAUAAGUUUUUCACAUGAUAGAUUAAACCAGAAGCAGCAGAAACUAGUAAAGAAUAAGCACAACUGGUAAAACUCUAACACAAUCCUAACCAAGCAGUGAAGUUCGACAGGUAUCGAACGUUUUGUAGCGGAAUGUAUGGAGUAAUUCAUGAUAAUACCACUUUGUCUUUUUAAAGUAUCUUUCAGCCAGUGUUCAUAAAACUUUUAACAAGUUCACUGAUGAAUUUAUCUGCUAGUGCUGCUGUGAGUUAGGUUUCAAUCUCACAGUCGCCCUAAACUGCCCUGGCUGCAUUCCCUUCCCUUCCCUUCCCUUCCCUUGUACUGCCCCUAGCACUCCUGCAAGUGAUGUCAGACAAAGCACUUAUCCAGCUGAAAAUUAAUGGGAAAAAACCUUUUUUUUUUUUUAAAUGUCAUCAGUUUGUUGACCUGUCUGAUGUGGGAUUGGAGACAGGGAAGAGCCUGUUUGCUUUUCCUGUCUACUCCUGCUCUAUCACACCCCAUCAGGAAUCAUGGACCAGUUUUCCUAAUACAGGGAAAUGCAGAAUUGACAAGGCUUAUAAGAAUUAAAAAUAACAAAAAAGUGAAAAUGUUUUGAUUUUUAUCAGUGUUGUUGCAGUAGGUGUUUUGAAACAUCAAUACUGAAAACAGUGCUUGGGCAUGACAAAGGUUUUAGGAAAUUAUUUUAAAUGAUGUUUAGUCUACACUUAAAGGUUUUCAGGUGCAUAUGCACCUGAACAGAUAUGCCUGGAGAGGAGAUAUGUUUGCACCAUGUCCAGACAUGGAUUACCAGGAAGUAGAUACGGUUGGGUGUCACCCUAAGAAUGGGGAUGCUAUUGUGUCUGUCUUUGUAGAGACACAAGGUUGGAGACAGUCGUCAUUCUUAGAACUGGCAUUUGAAGCUGCUGAAAAGGGGUCACAGCUGAACUGGAGAUUGAGCUGGUCAUCUAGAUUGGACUAGACUGGACUACACAUGGUGUGUGGGGGCGUCACAGCAUGAAUGAAUUUGGGAGAAUGGGGCAGCCUUGUGUAGGCAGUUGCACAAAUGUUACAAACAGCAUUGUAUCUGAUGCAGUUGGUAGGGAAUGUAUUUGAUUGUUUCACAGUAUUGCUCUACCUGUCUUUUUAAGUGGUGAAACUCAAACAGUGACCUUUAGUUCAGCAGUGUACAGGAUAAUUCCCUACUGCAUGAGGUAGAGAUGCUUUUUUUGAUAGUCUUCAUAGUCUUGAUCAACUGAGUAGUGCUAGAACGGCUUAGCAGGAAAUGGAAUAUAUGUUUUUGAAAAAUGAGUCUUUAAGUGCAUGCCACAUGGUGGCAAGAUAAGGGCAUGUUUUAAAUCAGCAUUCUUUCUUAGGUCUGGCAAAAAACAGUGGAAUUGUAGUGAGUCGUUGUUUACUUAAUAGGGUCGGCGCAGAGACUUUUAGAACCAGGGCUGUUUGUGGAAAACCUCUAUAGUCUGUCGAAAAAAACUCUCACUGCUAAUGCCUUGUAUUUAAAUGAAGCAAAAUAUAUUAGAUUCCUGACUGUAUUAUGUGUUUUAGAAAUUGCUGUUUAAAAUACAGUCCCUGUAAGAGUGGUAGUGUUUCAAAGUCAAGCACUCAGAAGUCAGGGAAUGGCAGAACAAAGGUACUACAAAUGCAUAUCCCACCAGCAUUGCUUCUUUCCUAUCCCUAUAGCCCCAACUCCUUUCCCUUGUGUAUUUGAAACUGGCCGUUUCCUUCUCCUGCACCAUCCUGGGCACAGCUGUGGAGGUUACGGGGUGCUCAGGGUUCCUGGCACCAGGGUGCUUUCUUCAGCCAAGAGGAACAGCAAGGAGGAAAGUAGUGUGACGUGCUGAGAUCCUGCGGAGAAAUCAGCUGAUGAAAGCUGACAGACUGCACAGGCAUGAAUGACGAGUUUUGGAGAUGUCUCCCUUGGCUAAGAGUGGUUUUAUAAUUAAGAUUUUAUGAGCAUGAAAAAAUGUCAAGGGCAGCUUCGAUACUUGAGGAAUUUCAAAUAUUGGUUCCAAAAGGUCGAGGAAGCUGGGACAAAGUGUGUUUUUCCCCAAACUCCUUUUCUGAAAUAGUUAUUAAUGAAAAGAAGAUUCAUGUUUACAUAGAAAACAAUCUUAACUGCUAAGCAACAUGAUGCUCUGAGUAAUCUGAGUUAUGUCUACUUUGGAGGGUAUUUUCUUUUUUUAAUUUUGGCAAAGUGUUAAUUCAAAUAUUGUGUAGUACUUUGGAGGCAGGUAAGAAACUGUUGGAUAUUUUUUUCCAGUACAGAGGGAGGUUUUUUUUCUUUUUGAUAGGUUGAUGUCUUAUGAGGUACAAAGCAUGGGUAUCUUCAAAAGAAAGAAAGAAAGAAAGAAGAUACCACCACUUCACUGUAGUUAAAAGACCUUUCAGUUGUCUCAUAUUUUUCUCUCCCUUUCAGAGCCAUCAUUUUUGCAGGGUGUGUGCUGCUUGCUGCUCUCCAAAAUAGUCACUCUGUCACUGCAAAAGUCUUACGGAAAAAGGAAAAGAUUUGAGUUUUCACUGUCUUUUCUUUUUGUUUUGUAAUUGUUUUCUCAAGUCCUUUCCCUUAGGGUGUGUAGGGUUGGUUGGUUGGUAGGUUGGUUGGUUGGUUUGUUUUUUGGUAAAGAAGCAGCUCUUCAGGUUGUAAUCAACCUGUACUGUUAAGCACAAGAAUUUGGGCUUAAAGUCCAUGGUUUAAAUUCUUCCCAAAUCUUGGGUCAUUCUAUCUAGUGAAUUUCACUGUGUGUGUUUAUAGUCAUAGAUGGAUGAAUUAAAAAUGCUAGAAGGAAGAUUACCCAGCAGUUUUAUUGCUGAGAUUACCGUGCAAGAUCCUUGGAAGAUGGCAUCUGCAUGUAAUAUCUGUACAGAGAUCGGCUUUACAAACUGUAAUGAAUUUAGGCUGGAAGUCGUCUGAGGGCUACCACAAUGCAAAUAAAAAUGAGGAAACACCGCAGCUGUAGUUGUCUUUUAUCUAGUAGCUUUUAUCUUGCUCUUUCAUAUAGUACCUAGGUUCUCUAAACUAUGGUUCAUCCUCGCUCUGGUUUUAAAAUAUUUUAUUCAUAUUUAUUAGACUUAUUGUUUCUUGUUUAUUUAUUUUUUUGCUAUUUUUAUAGUUUUUAAGCAUGUCUUCUAUGCAUGUGUGUUAAAAUUGAAUUGCUGCACUGUAAAUGUAUUUUUAAUGUUGUAACAGGAAAAGCAUUCUACCUUUUUUUUAAAUGAGCCAUCAUAUGUAUAAUCAGCUUGGUUAAAACUUCCUUCCUGGUAAGUGCAGCACUUCCUUUGCAUCUGGAUAUGAGGGCGAGCAAGAAAAGCAGAACAGCUUAAACAAAGAAUUUUUUGUGUGAAUGGUCUUCCUUUAAAAAAAAAGGAACUUCAAAACUUAAACAAAUGAGUCGUCUUCAGCAACUCAGCCUUUAUUUUAUAAGAAGAUUUUUUCUGGCAUGGAGUUGGGGGAUUAUGAACAGCCUGUUGUUAUGAGAGAGGAGAACAAACGAAGGAGAAGAAGAAUGAAACCUCAUUGUACAUCAAGUAAUUUGUCUUCAAUGGAACUGAUAUCUAUUGAGUUCAUUUUACCUACAAGCAAUAAACAUACUAAAGUACCAGAAAUGAUGUUACUUGAAAUAGCUGGCAACUGUACAGUUGAGCAAAUGAAAGCACAGAUUUGGAUGCGUGCAAUAGAGAUGAGCCAAACCACAGACUUCUACCAUGCAUUCUCACCUGAUCAGUUUAUUCUCCAAUAUCAGAAGAAAGGGCAGUGGUAUGAAAUUUAUGAUAAACAUCAAGUAUUACAGACAUUAGACUGUAUACUGUAUUGGAAAGUGUUACAGAAAAAGGUAGGCAAGAUCUAUGUUGUCCAGAAACAAAAACCAUCAGAAGAAGUUCAGGAAUUUCAGCGACAGCUUAAUGAUUUAAUUGGUUAUGAUGUCACUGAUGUAAGCAAUGUGCAUGAUGAUGAGCUAGAGUUUACCCGUCGCAGAUUAGUCACUCCACGAAUGAUAGAAGUAGCCUGUAGAGAUCCUAAAUUGUAUGCAAUGCACCCAUGGACUACAUCUAAGCCACUCCCAGAAUAUUUGUUUAAAAAGAUCACUAAUAAUAACAUUUUCAUAAUCAUACAUAGAGGAACAACCAGCCAAAAAAUUAAGGUGUCAAUUGAUGACACUCCAGAUAUGAUUCUCCAUAGUUUUUUCACAAAAAUGGCAAAGAAAAAGUCUUUGAUGGAUAUUCCUGAAGAUCAUAGUGAGCUGGAUUUUGUUCUCAGGAUUUGUGGCAGAGAUGAGUACAUUACUGGAGAGACGCCAAUUAAAGAUUUUCACUGGAUAAGACAGUGCCUUAAGAACGGGGAAGAGAUCCACCUUGUGUUAGACAAUCCGCCUGACCCGAAUGAGGAUGAAGUUCAGAAGGAAGAGUGGCCAUUGGUGGAUGACUGUACAGGAGUUACAGGGUAUCACGAACAAUUGACGAUAGAUGGAAAAGAUCAUGAGAGAGUCUUCACUAUCUCUUUGUGGGAUUGUAACAGGAAAUUUAGGGUGAAAAUAAUUGGCAUUGAUAUCCCAGUUUUGCCGAGAAAUACUGAUCUCACUGUGUUUGUUGAGGCUAACAUUCAACAUGGGCAACAGCUCCUUUCACAGAGGAGGACUUCAUCAAAGCCUUUUACUGAGGAGGUUCUGUGGAAUAUUUGGCUGGAGUUUGAUAUCAAAAUCAAAGACUUGCCUAAAGGAGCACUUCUUAAUCUUCAGAUAUACUGUGGUAAAGCACAGGGACUGUCUACAAAGACUAACCUUCAGUCACAUGAAUCUCCCAACUCCGAUUCAAAAUGCAAAACUCAGCUUCUCUAUUAUGUAAAUCUUUUGUUGAUAGAUCACCGUUUUUUGCUCCGAAGUGGGGAGUAUGUGCUUCACAUGUGGAAAAUCCCAGGAAAGGGGGAAGAACAAGGAAGUAUCAAUGCAGACAAACUCACAUCAGCAACUAAUCCAGAUAAAGAAAACUCAAUGGCUAUAUCCAUUGUACUGGACAAAUAUUGUCACCCAAUUGCCUUGCCCAAGCACAGGAUAAUAUCUGACCCCCAGGGAGACAGGACACGAGCUGAAAUGCCCAACCAACUUCGCAAGCAGCUUGAAGAAAUCAUAGCAACUGACCCACUUAAUCCACUCUCUCCUGAGGACAAAGAACUGUUGUGGCAUUUUAGAUAUGAAAGCAUAAAGCACCCCAAGGCAUAUCCUAAGCUGCUUAGCUCAGUGAAAUGGGGACAACAAGAAAUAGUGGCCAAAACAUACCAGUUGCUAGCUAAAAAGGAGGUGUGGGAUCAAAGCACUUUGGAUGUUGGACUCACGAUGCAACUUCUGGACUGUAACUUUUCAGAUGAAAAUGUACGAGCAAUGGCAGUUCAAAAACUGGAAAGCUUAGAAGAUGACGAUGUUCUUCAUUACCUUUUGCAGCUUGUGCAGGCUGUGAAAUUUGAGCCAUAUCAUGACAGUGCGUUAGCCAGGUUUCUGCUAAAACGAGGUUUGAGAAACAAAAGAAUUGGUCACUUCUUAUUUUGGUUUUUAAGAAGCGAGAUUGCACAGUCUAUGCACUACCAACAGAGGUUUGCUGUGAUCCUGGAAGCCUAUCUUAGGGGCUGUGGGAAAGCAAUGCUGCAGGAUUUCAUGAAACAGGUUCAAGUAAUUGAAUUGCUGCAUAAAGUCACAAUGGAGAUAAAAUCAGUUUCUGCAGAAAAGUAUGAUGUCACUUCUCAAGUUAUCACGCAACUUAGGCAAAAGCUUGAAAAACUACAGAACAGCAAACUUCCAGAAAGUUUUAGAGUCCCAUAUGAUCCUGGUCUAAGAGCAGGAGCCCUAGUGAUAGAAAAAUGCAAAGUAAUGGCAUCCAAGAAGAAGCCCCUCUGGCUUGAAUUUAAAUGUGCAGAUCCCACAGCCCUGUCAAAUGAAACCAUAGGCAUUAUCUUCAAACACGGAGAUGACCUCCGACAGGACAUGCUUAUUUUACAGAUUCUUCGAAUUAUGGAAUCCAUUUGGGAAGCAGAAUCUUUGGACCUUUGUUUGUUACCAUAUGGUUGUAUUUCUACUGGAAACAAAAUAGGAAUGAUCGAAAUUGUGAAAGAUGCUACAACAAUUGCCAAAAUUCAACAGAGCACAGUUGGCAACACUGGUGCAUUUAAGGAUGAAAUACUAAACCAGUGGCUCAAGGAAAGAUGUGUGAUUGAAGAAAAGUUUCAGGCAGCUGUGGAAAGAUUUGUUUAUUCUUGUGCUGGUUACUGUGUGGCAACCUUUGUACUUGGAAUAGGAGACAGACACAAUGACAACAUUAUGAUUACAGAAACAGGUAACCUUUUUCAUAUUGAUUUUGGACAUAUUCUUGGGAAUUAUAAAAGCUUCCUUGGAAUUAAUAAGGAAAGAGUUCCUUUUGUGCUGACUCCAGAUUUUCUGUUUGUCAUGGGGACUUCUGGAAAGAAGACAAGUCUCCAUUUCCAUAAAUUUCAGGACGUAUGUGCGAAGGCUUAUUUAGCUCUUCGACAUCACACAAAUCUGCUGAUCAUCCUGUUCUCCAUGAUGCUAAUGACUGGAAUGCCCCAAUUAACCAGCAAAGAAGAUAUUGAAUAUAUUCGGGAUGCGCUGACAGUAGGGAAGAGCGAAGAAGAUGCUAAAAAGCAUUUUCUUGAUCAGAUAGAGGUUUGCAGAGAUAAGGGCUGGACUGUGCAAUUUAACUGGUUUUUGCAUCUUGUGCUUGGAAUCAAACAAGGAGUAGAAAAGCAUUCUGCUUAAUGUUUCAUGUAAAUUUACUGUAGGUGUGAAUAGGGACUUAGUGAAUCUAUAUGUUAUUAUUUAUGCAUUCCUAAUAAAUGAGCAGUCAAAUUUGCCUUUACUUUGCUGGCAGCUGAAAUAGAUCUUCUAAAAAAGCAAGAAAUUUUGCUUGCCCUGCCAGAAGAUCUUCCUGCAGUUAAGAUUCUUUUUUUUCAAUGUCUAAUGACACUGAAAAUUGCUGGAUUCUGUUAACUAGUUGCUUUGCUUAUGUGGCCUGCAGUUUUAUUUUUUCUUUAUUAAUAAUUUCAGAUAAAUAUGAAGGAGGAGCUUGAGUAAGAUGAUAACCUCCAAAUUGAAAUAGAGAUUCUCCGUGACAUUGUCUUAGUCAUUCAUGAGGGUCAAGCCCUUCAAGUGGAGAAGAGUCUAUCUAAAAUUUAUGGUCACAUUGAAAUCCCUGUAGGAAAUUUUUUUUUCCUUUUCAGGAGGGCUUGCUCUCAAGUAGCACACAUCCUUCCCUUUUGUCCCUUCCUUAACACUUUGUUCUUUCUGAUUUUUAGUAAUAUUAUCAGUAGAGAACAGCUCUGACUCCACUGCUGGAGGAAAUUAUGUUACCAUUUUUGUAGCCUCCUGACAUGCGCAACUGCGCUUGACUUCAUGGUUACCUGGAAGUUCCUCAGGUUUGAACCUCAAAUUCUUAAUUUUGAAAGUUUUGUACUGUACUUUUUAAUGGGGAAUACUCAUAUUAUAUUUCAAGUUAUAUUCUUACCAUAAAGUUACUGCAAUUCCACCUGUAUAGUGAGAGCUUUGUAGAAAAAGCAAUGGUACUUCCUUUUUCCUUAGAGAAAACUCCUUAUAUAAGAGUAAUUGACAUUUUACCAAAUAUUCGAGAAACCCAAAGGUUAUUUAUUCUUUGGUGAUAUAUUUUCAGGAUAUACCUAUCAGGAAUUAAAUGUAAUCUUUGAAAUUGUGUAUAUUUUGCUAUUUAUUUUUAAAUUGUUUAAGAGACUAUACUACUGAAAAGCUAUUUAUGAAAGAAAAAGAAUCAUUAUUUUUAAUUUCAAUAUUUAAACUUAAAGAGGAAAAAAAUGGGCAGUGUUAAGUAGAAUUUUACCUUCUCUACUGUAGGAUACCUGCAAAUCAUCAAAUCUGCCUGUGGUAGAAAAAGAAAAAAGUAUAUAGCAUGAAUUAAUUUUUGACUUGAAUUAUUAUGGUAUACUUCCUGCAAAUUGAUUUUUACCAAAGAGAAAUGAUGGCUUACAGUAUUGCUUUUUUGCACUUGUGUCCAUGUAAUUUUUUCUUUCAUUAUAGUUUUACAUGGGUUUUACAUUACCUUUAAAUGAUUAACUGAAUUUUUUAAUUCUGUUAUCAUUGCUUCGAUCAUUUCACAGAACUGUUAAGAUUUCAACUACUGCUACCACUGUUACUACUGAGUGUAUUCUUGAAGGAUUUUUAAUAAAUGUACUGUAAUUCAUGUCUCAGUUAUGAGAUACAUCCAGUCCUUUUUUGAAAUGUAGAUGUUUAAUUGGUUACUGUGCCCAACAACAUUUUGGUGUAUAUUUGUAGAGUUAGAUAAAGAAAUCUAAAAAUUUAAAA